CCGCCGGUGUCGGACUCGCUCACAGUCGAUUCCUUAUCGAAGAUCAACUCAACUGCUCGACGUUGAUUCAGCCAUGGAGGAGAAAGACGGAGGAGAGGAGUAAUUUUCAUUUGUAUUUUUUAAGUUUUUUAAAUGACUCGAGUACACUAGCAAACGAACAAACGAAAAAAGGAACGCUGAAACCUUUUACACUUCAAAAUCUCAAGCCAAUGUGAAUGAAAACGUCAACAAAUAUACUCGGAUCCUCCACGAUGACGCUGACAUCUGGUGAUCUACAACCAUCUGACGGUUCAUAUUCAUCAUUUCGAGCCACUCAAUCGGAAUCUGGCCGCUUAAACGUCCAAGUUCAUCGUCGGCGGACACACGACUGGUUCAGUUUUCCAAUAACGCAUUCGGAGAGGUUUGACUUUUGGGAAAAGAUGAACUCCGAUUUGACUCAAUUUGUUUGGAUUCACUGCGACUGUUUUAGCAGCAGCCCUAAUUUCGUAACAUUAGUUUCGAUUUGGAGCGACGAAUGGGGAGUAUCACAGAGAAAUAAGGGCGCGUUUUCGUGGCGGCCGAACAGAGCGCUAUUGGGUGAGGUUGGGACUGGCUGUGAAGUUGUUUAGGAAAAGAAACCCUAGAAGGCGUCGAGUGUGGGGAACAAAAAGGUGGGAAACAGAUUAUGGACUUCAACGCUGAUGGAUUGGUGAACUAGUUAUCCAUGGACUCAAGGGGCCAUUCCAAUGGUGGAGAACCUGAAACAAAAGAGAUGGACAUUAGAAAUCUUUCAUCUUCGCGCAACAAUACUCAGUAUAUUCACAAGGUGGGGGUUCCACCGAAGCAAGGUUUCUUCAACGAAUUUAAAGCAAGAGUGAAAGAGACUUUCUUUGCAGAUGAGCCUCUGCGAACCUUCAAGGAUCAAUCGAAGUCCCGAAAGUUGGUCCUGGGAAUUCAGGCUAUCUUCCCGAUAUUUGAAUGGGGGAGGAAUUACAAUCUGACAAAAUUUAGAGGAGAUAUAAUUGCUGGACUCACUAUUGCAAGUCUCUGUAUUCCACAGGAUAUAGGGUAUGCAAAACUUGCUAAUUUGGCUCCCCAGUAUGGUUUAUACUCCAGUUUUGUACCACCACUGGUUUAUGCUUUGAUGGGUAGCUCUAGAGACAUAGCGAUUGGACCAGUGGCUGUUGUUUCUCUCUUGCUGGGAACAAUGCUUCAAAAGGAGAUUGAUUACCAUACACAUCCAGAAGCGUAUCUGCGGCUUGCAUUUACAGCUACGUUUUUUGCUGGGAUCACCCAAGCCACUCUAGGGAUGCUAAGGUUGGGUUUUCUGAUUGACUUUCUAUCUCAUGCUGCCAUUGUUGGUUUUAUGGGUGGAGCUGCCAUCACUAUUGCCCUUCAACAACUUAAAGGCUUUCUUGGUAUUAAAAAUUUUACAAAGAAAACAGACAUCAUCUCUGUUAUGCGCUCAGUAUUUGAGGCAGCGCAUCAUGGAUGGAACUGGCAGACGAUAGUCAUUGGAGUAGCUUUUCUAAGUUUUCUUCUAUUAGCCAAGUAUAUUGGAAAGAAGAACAAGAGCCUUUUUUGGGUGCCUGCAAUUGCUCCAUUAAUAUCAGUCAUUCUGUCCACCUUUUUUGUUUACAUUACCCAUGCAGACCAGAAAGGUGUCGCAAUUGUGAAACACAUAGAGAAAGGAAUCAAUCCUUCAUCAGUGAAGCAGAUCUACUUCACUGGUGAGUACCUCCUUAAAGGGUUCAGGAUUGGCGCUGUGGCCGGUAUGAUAGCAUUAACGGAAGCCAUAGCAAUUGGAAGAACAUUUGCUUCCAUGAAGGAUUACCAGCUUGAUGGUAACAAAGAAAUGGUGGCACUAGGAACAAUGAAUGUUAUUGGUUCACUGACUUCCUGCUAUGUGGCAACAGGCUCGUUCUCUCGCUCAGCUGUGAAUUACAUGUCUGGCUGCCAAACUGCAGUCUCAAACAUUGUUAUGUCCUGUGUUGUAUUUCUAACUCUAGAGUUCAUCACUCCCCUUUUCAAGUACACUCCGAAUGCUAUUCUAGCUGCCAUCAUUAUCACUGCUGUGAUCAACUUAAUUGACAUUCAGGCAGCAAUUUUGCUUUGGAAGAUUGAUAAAUUUGAUUUUGUUGCUUGUUUGGGAGCCUUCUUUGGUGUGAUAUUUGCAAAUGUUGAGACAGGCCUCCUAAUUGCUGUCUCUAUAUCAUUUGCUAAGAUACUCUUACAAGUAACCAGGCCACGGGUUGCCAUUCUUGGAAAGAUCCCUAGGACCACAGUAUACAGGAACACCCAACAGUAUCCAGAAGCAACAAGGGUUCCGGGCAUUCUCAUUGUGAGAGUCGACUCUGCAAUUUACUUUUCUAACUCCAAUUACAUCAAAGAGAGGGUAUUGAGAUGGUUGGCAGAUGAGGAAGAGCAAAUAAAGAAGGCUUAUUCAACAAAAACUCAGUUUUUGAUUGUUGAGAUGUCUCCUGUUACUGACAUUGACACUAGCGGAAUUCAUGCCCUGGAAGAGCUAUACAGGAAUCUCCAGAAAAGAGACAUUCAGCUAGUUUUGGCAAACCCCGGGCCUGUAGUGAUUGACAAACUCCAUGCAUCCGAUCUUGCUAAUCUGAUUGGCGAGGACCAUAUCUUUCUAACAGUUGCUGAAGCUGUUUCGUCCUGCUCCCCAAAAUUGGUGGAAGGGGUCUAGUCUUAAGAUUUGAAUGCUAGU